CGGUAUUAAAAUCAAUCGGAGCAAAUAAUACUAACCAUUAAACUAAUUGUAUUUCAUUUUAUUGAAUAAAACCAUUAUUUUAUUUUUCAAUGCACAAUAAAAAAAUUAUUUCGUCUUAUAAUGAAUAUUAAUUGGACUUUUUAUUGGGCCUAUUGGGCUGCUCGAUCGAUGGCCCAAUAGAAAGGUAUAAGAAAUCUCCUGCUUGAAGUCCACGGGCAAGACAUUUCCGGGCAGCGGUCAGAAGGGAUCCCGAGCUACCUCGAACACAAAUACCCGAACCGGACGGACCGUACAGGACCUUACGCCACAUGGUCCGACGAUCUCCGCGUCCAUCGCUGACGUUGCUUUCUGCUUCUGUGGCUUCUUCUUCUUCUCUUCUCUCUGCUUCUUCGCGCAUUUCUAUUUUCGCCGCCUCAACUAGGUUUUCGAAACUUCCUUACUGAUUCUUGUUAUUUUCACCGAUAUUUUCUUCCAAUAUCGGUUCCUUAGUUAACGAUCUUUCCCAUCCUGAACAGUAGUGUUGUUACGUUGAUGACGAGAUUGCAAUCAAUGGUUUUUAUUGGCGGCGAAUCUUGAAUUUGUAAAUGGUGGGUAUUUCUGCCUCCUUCAGAGGUCGCAGAUUGUCAACAGUUGGAGCAUUUGGGAGGGAAUUGCUAUUUUCUCGGACAAAUAGGAUAGGCACCAGUCUGCAUGGAGGAAAUUUUGAUGCCAUUAGUGGAUCAUCUGUUACUUCUACUCGACAUAGAUUGUACUCAAAUGUUUGGCUUACAAGGAGGGGACAAGCUCGGAAUGCCAUCCAUGAGGUGGGUCAAGGUUUAUCUAGUGGUCACUUCAGGAGUUAUUUAGCAGUUACAGCAAGCACUGCUCUAGCUACUCGUGCCCAACUUGCUUGGAAGAGGUUAGCUCAAAGCUCGGUUCAUAAUGUUCAAACACCCCCCAUAAGCAAGAUUGCUCAGGCAGUUAGCCUGGGCCUUAGCCGUUCUUGUAUUGCUGUUCCUGGCAUUUUUACAGUAAUGUGUGGAACCAAUUUAGCAUGGGCCAAAGUCUCUUCUGAUACCUAUUCUUUUAAGCCGGGAAGUUCCCUGUAUUCCCAUGCUCAAGACAGCCACCUUUUAUUAACCAGAUUGUUACAUGCCCUAUUUGAAGGUGUUUUCAUGUUGCUUAGAGCUUUUUAUUUGGCUGCUCUUUUCACACCAAGCAUUGCGAUGGCUCCAUUUGCAGAUAGUUUUGGACCUAAUUUCAGGAAAUUGUGGCUUCAGACUGUUCAUCAAACCCUAGAAAGAGCAGGUCCAGCAUUCAUAAAAUGGGGUCAGUGGGCAGCAACACGGCCUGAUCUAUUUCCUAGAGACAUGUGCAUUGAAUUGUCAAAGCUUCACUCAAAUGCCCCAGAGCACAGCUUUAGCCACACAAAGAAAACUAUUGAGAAAGCUUUUGGCCGGAAAAUUUCUGAAAUUUUUGAUGACUUUGAGGAGAAACCUGUAGCAUCUGGCAGUAUUGCUCAAGUGCAUCGAGCUACUUUGCGAUCAAAGUACCGUGGUCGGCAGAUGAAACCAAUGCUAGUUGCUGUUAAGGUUAGACAUCCACGAGUGGGGGAAUCCAUAAGAAGAGAUUUUGAUAUAAUUAAUUUAGUGGCAAAGACUUCAAACUUCAUUCCUGGACUGAAAUGGUUGAGGUUGGAUGAAAGUGUACAGCAGUUUGCAGUCUUCAUGAUGUCUCAAGUUGAUCUUGCCCGAGAAGCUGCUCAGUUGAGUCGCUUCACAUACAAUUUCCGCAGAUGGAAGGAUGUUUCUUUCCCUAAGCCAGUUUAUCCUCUUGUGCAUCCAGCUGUUUUGGUGGAAUCUUUUGAACAUGGUGAGAGUGUUGCGCUCUAUGUUGAUGGACUCAAGGGGAAUGAGCACGUCAACAGUGCCCUUGCCCACAUUGGUACCCAUGCUCUGCUGAAGAUGCUUCUGGUAGAUAACUUUGUUCAUGCAGAUAUGCAUCCUGGAAACAUCCUCGUUCGUCUCACUCGGAGCAAGCGACCUAAAAGAACAUUGAAAACCAAACCUCAUGUCAUUUUUCUUGAUGCGGGCAUGACUGCCGAACUUUCUAAAAAUGAUCAGAUCAAUUUACUGGAGUUUUUUAAAGCUAUUGCUCGAAGAGAUGGUCGAACUGCAGCAGAGUGCACCCUAAGACUAUCAAAGAAGCAAAAUUGUCCCGAGCCAGAGGCCUUUGUUCAGGAAGUGAAAGAGGCUUUUGAUUUUUGGGGUACCCCAGAAGGAGAUUUGGUCCAUCCUGCUGACUGCAUGCAUCAACUACUUGAGAAAGUCCGUUGGCAUAAAGUAAAUAUUGAUGGCAAUGUUUGUACUGUUAUGGUGACAGUUUUGGUCCUUGAGGGCUGGCAGCGAAAGCUCGAUCCAGAUUAUGAUAUUAUGCAUACGCUGCAAACACUGCUCCUAAAAGCUGAUUGGGCAAAAUCACUUUCUUAUACAAUCGAAGGACUAAUGGCCCCGUGAAUGGUUUCUGAAAGCUUAGAGUUAUAAAUAUUGACACUGAUCCCUACCAACUAUACAUCGCCUCGUACAAUUAAAUGAUGCCCUACAAAUAUGAUUUGUUAGUCAUCAAAUGCUGGCUCUUAUGCGUGGCUAGCUACAAUUUUGUAAGGACCUAGAGCUUUGUUUCAUUCAUUUGAUUGAUUUUCUAAGCACUUGGUGAUAAGGCUUAUGCAUGUUUAUUCAUCCUACAAGUGUUAGUUUUCCGCAUCUUAUGUAUAUACACAUAUGUACAACAUGUUUUUCAAAAUCCCUUAUCUUCUUCGAAGGAAUGUUUUUCCUUGUGCAUCUUCAUUCAAAAUUUGCAGCAGCUGAUUUGGAGGGACAUGCCAAAUCUCCGGCUGCUUCAGUUGAUGCCCAAUCUGUGCAAAUUUAUCAGCAGCUCUGUUUCCUUCCCGAUACACGUGCGUGUGGAUGCAGUUGCUUAUCUUUGGAUCCAUCGUAGUUCAGCUUUGUCCACCCCUUGCCUGGCUUCACCCAUUUCACAUUAAUGGCUUCAUCGUGCCACUUCCUGGCGAGGAUUCGACUUGGCGCGCCAUAACAGAGUAAUCUUGAAGUUAUUGUCAUAAUCUUGUUGUAUAUUUAGAUGUAGAAGGUUUACUAGCGUGAUAUAUAUACAUACAUUUACCCAAGAGGCAUGAUGUUGAUUGUUAUGAUGACAAUGGUGUUCAAGUUUUGGGGGGUUUAGAUUAGCCACAUUUAUGGAACACUCAUGUUUUGUUGAUGCAUUUUGUGGCGAAAAGUUGGGGCUGGAGACAGGCAAUUUAGUUUGAGAAUUUCUGAGGUACAAGGCAGAACAGAAUGGCAUUUGCUUUUAGAAUAUCUCUGUCUUGUGGAAUAUCUUUCUUCAUUCUCUAGUCUUGGAAUUUUGAAGUAUGCAUUAGGGUAAUUGUAUAAGGUUAGGGUGCGUGUGGAUUUGGUUUAAGGAAUUUAGGCCAUUGCUUGAAUUUAGGGUUAAACUGCAGUAUCUGUAUUGCCCAUGAAUUUUGGAGCUGAAAUGCCUGAUUCUCAGGACCCAAGAAUUUAGGCAUUCAUUUCAUCUUUUACUAUAAACAGGGGUGAAUCUUCUGCCAAACAUAAUCACUGGUAGUGAGAAGAAAAGAAUCUUUUUUGAUACAUUUAGUUGUUUUCAUUUCCCCCCUAAAUUCUUAUUUAGUUAUUGUUUCUUGCAAGAGAACAGACAUGCUAACAAAGUUGUACAAGGUUGUCCACUUCUGCAGGUAAGUAAUUGAAGAAUACGUGCAAAGUUUACACUGGGAUUUUGUAUUUCGAGGUAUAUUCUAUGUACUGCCACUAUGUCGUCUCUUAUGAUGCCUCCUACGCUUGCUUUUCCUGUUUUGGAUUCGUAUGAUCCAUCGUAGUUUAGCUUUGUCCAGCCCUUGGGGGGCUUCACCCAUCUAUCUUUUCUUGAUUGAAUUGGACUAGCUGCUCCAUGGAUGAGUGAUCUUGGAGUUAUUAUUGGAAUCAUCUUUAGUUGUACAUUUGCUAAUUAUAUAUAGUCAUGAACUUGGUGGUGUUCGAGUUUUGAGGGGCUUAGAUUAUUAGCCACGUUGGGAUUUAUU